UGCACAACUAAAUUGGCCGCAUCUCCUGUAAUGUUCAGUCCAAAUGGCAGUCAAUACGUCUAAUCCCUCGGAUCUGCGACAAUUAGUCGCUGACGGGUAUAAUGUCCUUGCCCAGCCCUACCUCGACUGGAGUAAGGGACCUGACGGAGGUGGCAACGGAGGAAAUGAUACGCCGCUAGAACGGCAUUUUGAUCAAUUUCUGUCUCUCUUGUCCUCAAAACGCGAUGAAACACAAGAAAUGCAAGUACUGGAGAUAGGCUGCGGCGCCGGCAUCCCAUGGACAUCAAGGGUAUCAAAAGCUUUGGCCGGAAAUCUGACGGCUACAGAUAUCUCACAUUCUCAGAUAGAGCUCGCAAAAACGCAUCUGUUACAGUGUGAUCCACCGCACUCCAAUGUCACUCUCCUUCUUCGCGACGCAAUGGAACUGCAGUUCGAUCCCAACCAGCUCGAUGCGGUUUAUGCUAUAUUCUCUCUAAUCCAUCUACCACAGCAGGACCAAAAGACGAUACUAAAAAGAAUUGCAACCUGGCUGAAACCGGACGGUUUGAUGUUUAUGAACUUUUCUGGUCAGCUUGAAAGUUCUGAUGAUGCAGAGGUUUGGCUGGAUGGAAAGACCAAAAUGUACUGGAGCUCAUUAGGAUUAUUGAGCUAUGAUCAAGCCCUAGAAGAGGUUGGAUUGAGUGUGAUUACUCGAGAUGUAGCGACUGUGGUCGAAGACGGGCGAGAAAUCCCAUUUGUAUUCUACAUUGUCAGGAAGAGAUAAACUGUUGUACUUGGAGGAAAGGCUAGAAAAUGUAUCGAGCACAACAACCUUGUGGCUUAAUGCCUCGAGUUAGUUGCAGGUAUAUUGUAGUAUGGCUACUUGAAAACAAACUUAUCAACAAUCCCCACUAGUGACGUUUAUAGGCACCAUUGGGUAAAAAUUAAGACACAUAUGCUUCAGUUGGUAUUUUACUCUUGUACUUAGCAAUUUACAGACAAUCUUCUAUCUAUGAUCUAAUACAUUUGUCCGUUACUGAUUGAACAAGUUGUCGAAAAUCUUCUUGACUUCAUCAUAAACUCCGUCGACAGAGUUUUCGCAUGAAAGCUGUAUAAGCAACCAUCAGCACAAGUGCACUACGUACC